UAACGGCUGCGUCAACGCGGGAGAAACUUGAUACUUACUUGUAGCGUGACGUCAUUAGCCCUGUCGUGGUGAAUGAGGCUUAGCGUUAGGUUUAGAGCAGAUGGAGGUCAUGUGAUUAUCUGAGAUUCCGCCAAUCAGAUCCAUACAGAGUUUGAUAUCGCCUCUAUUUGUAUACAACGGUCAACUUCGGUAUAGUAUACAGGGGAUAGUAUACAGGGGAGGCUGAGACUCUGAAUGAAUAGACUACCAUGUCGGGCCUAACGCCCAUUCGAGUCCGCGGCCGCAGAAAGCGAGUCAAGCCCAGCCAUGAUGAUCAAAACCAGAACCCAGAUGCCAAACCAGUCCGGAGCAAUCAACGGGGUAAAGCAUUACUCCCGCUUGAUGAUUUUCGACGCUCUUUACAAUCACGACGAAAACGCCCAUUUAUAAGCGGCAGUGCCUGGUUAAACACCCAGCCUCGAUCCCAGUCCCAGUCGCAAUCCCAGCUAGGCUCCCUCUCACAACUCCAAUACCAGUACCAGUCCGACUCACAGCCAAAGAAAAAGAAACGAAAAAAUCUCUCCCGCCUGGAACGUCUCCCCGUCGAACUACUCGAGAAGAUCUUCCUGCACGCGCUGAAUGUCAAUUUCGCGAGGUCUUCACUUUCUCUUGCGGCAGCUGUUUCGAGUGAGCGGAUUUAUCGCGUUUUGAUUAUUCUCGCCUUUUGGAGAGAUCCUUACCGUUCACCUACUUCUUCUGAGGGUGAAGAUGGGGAUAGGAGGAGCGUGGGCGUUGCGAGGAUCCUACGACCGCUUGAUUAUGUGCCUAUAGGCGAAGAUGAACGGCAAAUCCUACAGAGUACUGUUUUCAGGUGUAAAUGGUGUACUGUGCGGAGGGUGCUGAACUAUCUCCCUGAUUUGAUGGCCCUCAACAUCCAACGGCUAUGGAUUGAUGUCGGGAUUACCAUGGACAACGACCAAAAACACUCCCUCAACCGGUAUCUCGAAUCACCUACAGAGAAAGGUAGUGGUGGUGCCAUCCGCACAUUCCAAGGAACCAGAAACAACAAACACUACACUCUAACCCUCACUCCCCUCGUCUCCAUCCAAAUAACAUCCCCCGACACAAACCACGACAAAACAAUAUACCCCCUCCUCAACCUCCGCGAAUUUCCAUCACAUCUCCUCCACGGCGGAACUCACGGUUUCAACAGGACAGAUAUAGCAUUCCUCGAACUCCUCCGCUCAUCUAGUGGGUUUAACCGCACGGGUCACUCAUCUAUGCGUGCGGCUAGGAAUAUCUCCCUAAAUAGAGACGCGCUGCAGGAGGGUGUUCAUAAAGCUAUUAUUUCCCAGAACCACGAUGCCCUGACUACUCUCUUAAAGAUUGAUGAGUAUUAUUUUCGGGCUACCUCUUCUAGUGGGGAAGUGUAUACGCUACCGGCAGAACACUACCGCACAUCCCUCCCCUCCACAACCAUAUUCAAGCUCCUCCUUCGUGCAAGCGCAGAAUCAGUGCCCCCAGAUGACUCAUAUAUAACAGCGUGGGCGAUGGAGCUGUGUGAUGCGUUUGGGGGCUGGUUGCUAGAUCUUAUGUUGCGGAUGCCGGAGAUGAGGGAGGUUGUUAGGGGGAGGCCGGAUGUUGGAGUGUUUUGGAUGGGGAGGUGUAAUGCGGGAAAUGAGAUGGGGGGACGGUAUUUGAGGGAUGUGCUUGGGGUUGAGGGUGGGUUGGAGGGGUGGAUGGGUGAGGGGGUUGAUUUUGUGAGUUUAGCGGGAGAGUAAAUAGGACUGAGAGUUGGUUGGUUGUGUGUAUAUUUGUGUAUUUGCACUGGUUGCACGAU